UAGAACACGACGAGACAUGGCUACAGAUGAUAGUAACGCAAGUGCCGCGAAGAUGUGCGUUUCCAAUGAGAAGAUGUGCGUUUCCAAUGAGAAGAUGUGCGUUUCCAAUGAGAAGAUGUGCGUUUCCAAUGAGAAGAUGUGCGUUUCCAAUGAGAAGAUGUGCGUUUCCAAUGAAAAAGUUAAGGAGGAAUAUCAAGUUAGCAGUCUUGAUAAAGCUGAGGAAAGCAGCCCUCCACAAAAGCAACACAAACCUCUGAAAUUGGAUCUUUCCAAAACAUGUACCAAAGCUACAUUUGAAGAUGAGAACUAUCAACAAAGAAUAGCUGCCUUGCUCGAUCGUUUAAGGGACGAUAAGGAAUGCAAAACCCUUCCAGAAAUGCAUGUGCUGGAUACAACACAGAUAAGCCUUGACAAAGGGAGAAGGUAUGAAAAAGACAAGGACUAUGGAAUACUGGAUAAUUUGGGAACAGACAGCAUUUUAAAUGAAGUACAUUCGGUGAAGGACAUACUGACAGGAAAACAACAUGUCCGAAAGGUGGUCAUGCAUUCUGCUGAUUAUAAAAAUGAAAUCAAUGCAAUGAUUGAUCUACAAACUGCAAAGGCCAUUAUUUCUCCUGAACUCUACGGCGUCUGUUUCAGAGGUAAAUCUGUUGAUAUCCACAUGGAGCUGAUUAGAGGGGUUACACUGAGGACAGUGGCGGAUGAAAAGUUAAACACCAUAGAUUCAAUGGAUCUAUUAAGGAAAUUCGCCUUGAUCAUACUCUACGAAGUGCUCUCUGCAGUCCACACAAUGCAUGAACAGAACUGGGUACACAGGGAUUUGCAUGCUGGAAACCUCCUCCUGGUAUCUCGCUGCAGAAUUGAAGCAUUCAUCAUCGAUUAUGGAUCAUCAAUUAAGCUAACCACACAUUCUGGACAAAAAGAUUUCUCGAAUGACAUGAAAGGGAUAGCCCGUAUAUUUACACUAAUGUAUGUAGGGCAGGAGUUUGGGAGUAUCUUUGAUUUGUGUGACGGUAAAUGGGAAACAAUCCUCGAAAAGGAAACACCACUCUUCAAAAAGUUGGGUAAUUCUGAACAAGAUGAGCUACUUGACAUCAUGAAAAGGAUCCUAAAAAGUAAAUCUCAAGCAGAUACACAGCAAAUUCUGGAGGAUCUUCAAGAAAAAUUAAAACACAUAGACAUUGGCAAAAUGGACCAGGAAAUCAAAAGGAGACUGUUUACGCCAGAGCUUGUCCAAAGUUCUGCCUCAACAACCCAAACUCCUUCCAAUCGGGCAACUCCAGUGGCUCCUCUGUCGAGGUCUACGGAAACAUGGGGAGAUGAGACCAAAAUGACUGGACAGAAAGAAAGUCAAGCAGUAGAAGCUCAGUCUCCUCAAGUCAAUGGAACCCUCCAAUCACCACUUACUGUUAUUUCCCCUCGAGCCUCUGGAACAAAGGUUGAGAGGGCAGAGAAGGUUCUCAGAACUGGUUAUAGGCCUUUAAAACCAAAGCAUUAGCCACCACAAUACUUGAAGACACUGACUGGAGGGGAGAAGCUUGGUGAAUUGGUGCCAUUACAUUUGAUGGAGGAGAUACUGCUGCAACAGAAACUAACAUCCUUUUCCUCCUGGACAAAAACAACAUACUCCCUUUACCAGGAACAGAAAUCCCCGAUAUGAACAUUGAUGCAGGAAAGCCCAGCGAUAUAAGGAGCAAUGCAAGGAUGACCAGGUACUACACCUUCCAGACAAUAAGAGAAAUGUGUCUUUCUGAAAGUCAUACAACAAGUCAAUUCAACCUACUUAACCAGGUGGAAGCUGCCUGGUCUAAAAGGGAUACAUCAACAGAUGAUAUCACCAGUCGUCUGGAUUCAGCUGGUGUGGAUCUACAAUUGGGUGAUAUUUAAAACAGUCAAACAACUGACAGAAGUUUGGCAAA